CCUCUAUCUCUCUCCUCGUAGUUCACUGCGACACUGAAAGUAGCCCUUCCUACCACGUCCUUUCUCUCCUCAUGAGAAGCUGAACUGAAUCUUUUUUUUUGAGCUUUCAAAGCCUAAACCAUGGCGAAAGCUCUAAUUUCCUCUCCUCUGUUUCUUGGUACUCCCCUUUCUUCUCCUUUAGGCCAUGGUUUUCGCAGGUUCCCUUAUCGGAGGCUCAACGAUACCAGUGUGAAAUUCUGCUUCCAUGAGGUUCCUCCUAUUCAUCAAUUCGACUCGUCGAUCGAUUUUCAUGGAGUUUUUAGCAGAGCUGAAAGUUUGUUAUACACCCUUGCUGAUGCCGCUGUUGCAACUGAUUCGGCUGGUGCUGCCACUGGGUCCACCGAUGCCGCGGUUCAGAAAAGCGGUGGUUGGUUUGGGUUCAUCUCAGAGGCGAUGGAAGUUGUUUUGAAGGUGCUGAAGGAUGGACUUACAGCUGUGCAUGUUCCCUAUGCGUAUGGGUUUGCUAUUAUCUUGCUCACCGUUCUUGUUAAAGUGGCCACAUUGCCUUUGACAAAGAAGCAGGUUGAAUCAACUCUGGCAAUGCAAAAUCUGCAGCCAAAGAUCAAAGCGAUUCAAGAAAGAUAUGCAGGGAAUCAGGAAAGAAUUCAACUGGAGACAUCGCGCCUCUAUAGACAAGCAGGGGUUAACCCGUUGGCAGGAUGUCUCCCAACUUUAGCGACAAUACCAGUUUGGAUUGGUUUAUAUCAAGCUCUUUCAAAUGUAGCAAAUGAGGGACUGCUGACGGAAGGUUUCUUUUGGAUUCCAUCUUUGGGGGGCCCCACCUCAAUUGCUGCUCGACAAAGUGGUUCAGGCAUUUCCUGGCUUAUUCCAUUUGUGGAUGGACACCCACCGUUGGGCUGGUAUGAUACUGCAGCAUACCUCGUUCUACCUGUCCUCCUCGUUGCUUCUCAAUAUAUUUCAAUGGAAAUCAUGAAGCCACCCCAGACUGAUGAUCCAUCUCAAAAGAACACGCUUCUCGUUUUCAAGUUCCUUCCUCUCAUGAUUGGUUAUUUUUCCUUGUCUGUUCCUUCGGGAUUGUCAAUCUACUGGUUUACAAACAACGUCCUCAGUACAGCACAACAAGUUUGGUUACGGAAUUUAGGUGGUGCAAAACCAGUUGUGAGUGAGAAUGCAAGUGACAUCAUAACUGCAGGUCGUGCAAAACGAGAAACUUCUCAGCCAGUCCGGGCUGGUGAUAGAUUUAGACUACUAAAAGAAGAAGAGAAGAAGAAAAAAUUGAACAAAGUUCUCCCGGCAGAAGAGGUUCAGACUCAAGAUUCUACAUCUGAUUCUGACGACGAGUCUGAUGAAGAGAUUAAGGACAAGGAUGAGGAAGUCCUUGAAGGGGCAUAUGCUUCUAGUGGUAGCAAACAGAUUCCAGACUAUUCUGGGCCAAGGAGAAGCAAGCGAUCAAAGCGGAAACGCUUGGUGUAAACCUAUCAUGUAUAUUUAUUCGUCACCCGUGGUUUAUGGUGAGAGAUGUAUCUUAGGUUAAUAUAUAUGAUGGCCAUUUUUAUGUUGGCUUAUUCAUUUUACUGCAUGUCAUGAAAAUCAACUGGCAGUCUAAAGGAAAUGAAAAUUAUAGUUUAUGGUGUCAAGAGA